AGGAGCUCAGGAAAUCCCUGAAGCCCUUACAGGAGAAACUGGAGACCUUUAAUCAAGUUAAAGUUAACUGGGAUCAAACAGCAGAACACGUCAAGGUCCAGGCUCAAAACACAGAGGAGCAGAUUAAAGAUGAGUUUAAGAAGCUUCACCAGUUUCUACUAGAAGAAGAGGAAGCCAGGAUCACUGUGCUGAGCGACAAAGAGGCACAAAAGAGUGGCAUGAUCAAGCAGAGGAUUGUGGCUCUGGGUAAAGACAUAGCAGCUCUCUUAGACACAGUCAGAGCCACAGAGAAGGAAGUGUCUUAUUCCUGCAGAGCUACAAGACUGCAGUGAAAAGAGUCCAGCAGCAACCCCUGCUAGAUGAUCCACAGCUGGCCUCAGGAGCUUUGAUAGAUGUGGCCAAACACCUGGGCGACCUGGCCUACAACAUCUGGAACAAGAUGAAGGAGAUGGUCUCUUACACUCCUGUGAUUCUGGAUCCAAACACAGCAGAAUACAGUCUCUUUGUGUCUGAAGGUCUGAAAAGUGUGAGAUUUGGAGAGAGAGAUACACAGCUUCAGAGAAACCCAGAAAGAUUUGAAGACUACAUCAGAGUCCUGGGAUCUGAGGGACUCACAGCUGGGAUGUUGAUGUUAGAGAUGAUGCAAACUGGGCAGUGAGUGUAGCAGCAGUCUGUUCUAACGAAGGGAGAGGUUCUGACUAGGUGCUAGUCAAUAUGGUCUGUGAUGGUAAAUACAGAGCGUACUCUCAACCAUCUACAGACAAAGCUUUCUCAGUGAGGAACCUGUUUAGGAGGCUCAGAGUGAGUCUGUCAUUCUCUGACCCAGAUACAAACAUUUACUCAUACACUUUCCACUGAGAGGCUGUUUCCCUUCAUUGACACUCUAAAUACAAUGCCACUGAGAAUCUUACCAAUGAAAGUCACUUGAAGGAUGUAGUUGAAGAUGUAGAUGAUUAUGCAUAUGAUGGUGAUGCUGGUUACCAGGAUGAUGGUGAGAUGUAUUUUUCUUGAACAUGAAUACAAUUUAUUUUGCUAUAGAUAUUUUAUUGAAUUACUAUAUUUACAGUAUGUCCACUAUUCUAUUUAUAUAAAUGAACAGAUAUGUGUGUGUGUGUUUAUUUGUGUGAUAAGAACAGACAACAAAUGCAUGACAGGCAGCUUACACAAAGAGUGUGUGUCUGACUAACACCCUGAAUUGUUGUUGUCAUUUUUUCCUCCAAAAUAAUCCUAAUGUACUGAGUCACAUUAGUGCCCAAAGUAUGUUGGCAAUGUUCAGUCUGCAAGGUGAAAAUCAGAGAGUGUACAGGUAAACAUUUGUAAGUGCAGAACAUGUCUAGCACAAGCAAAGGCAGGUUUGUAAAUAGAAAAGAUAAUUUGCUUCCAUCAAAUCAACCUGCAGUCAUGUUCAAUUUAUACACAAUCAAGAAAGUUUUGAAGUGUUGUUAUGGAAAUCUAAUGCUAACAAAAUUUCAUUUAAAUGAUGAAACACAAUUAUAAUUGUUUUUUAUUUGGGUUUGUAUGUUUUAGGACAAAGUCCUUGCAUAAACACAUAUGCAACGAAAGUGUAAAAUUCAAUUAUCCAAAUUUCAUUUUUAUUUCUAGAUCUAAAAAUGCAUCACGACUGUCAAAAUAAAAAAUGUCCUUGCAAGUUGUUUGCUGUUUUGCUUCCUCGCUCUGAUGCCUGACAGUAUGGGUCAGAGAGAUAUGGGUGACUUUGGCAGGCCAGUGGAGUAGAACUGAUGUAUUUUCAAACAUGGAAAUCAUAAUGAAAGAUUCAUUUAACUGUUGUCCCACAGAAAUAUGGGUCAUUAAUUCAAAUUUUAUACACAGCUAUAUUAUAUUCUAUCCUACACUUUUAAACUCUUCUUUUAUAUUUUAAAGACAGUUAAUAAAACAGCAUAUUAGCAUACUGGACUGUUAACCAGCAGUUCAGGGGAAGUUAAGUCCAUAAGAAUACAAUGCCCAAUGUACAGUGAGAGCAGUGGUUUUGAAUGCAACAAACCCCUUGUUGGCACACUUCAUGGCUUAGCAAUUGAAGAAGUGUGCUGACAAGCUCCACCCAUUCAUACAAACCAGGAAAAACUGUGUUGGCUGAGGACAGAGUCUCACACCGAGAGACAGACAACAGGAUACAAAGUCCAAAACAUCCCCUGACAAAGAAGAAAUAAGGAGUGAAGGAGUUACUUGGAAUACUGGAAUACUGCUGUCCCCACUGGUUGCUGACUGCACAUCUUUAACAGAGAGUUUUAAAAGAUUCACAACUCAAAGUGAAAGCAACUUUCUAGAGCCACAACUUACCGACUGACUUCCUGUUUGUAUCUGCAAGUAUCUGCUUGCUCGGGUUUUUCAAGCAGAGAUGGAUUUCUGUUGUCCAAUCUGUCACGACAUCUUCAAAGAUCCUGUUUUGCUGUCAUGUAGCCACAGCUUUUGUAAAGACUGCCUGCAGAGCUGGUGGGCUGAAAAAACGAUUCACGAGUGUCCAGUUUGUAAAAGAAGAUCUUCGAGAAGUGACCCACCUAGUAACUUGGCAUUAAAGAACCUGUGUGAAGCCUUCUUACAGGAACUUUCUCUGGAAGAGAAAGCUGCUGCAAGGUCUGAGGCUCUCUGCAGUCUGCACUCUGAGAAACUAAAGCUCUUCUGUCUGGACCAUCAGCAGCCAGUGUGUGUUGUCUGUCGAGACUCAAGAACACACACCAACCACCGAUUCAGACCCCUUGAUGAAGCUGCACAGGAUUACAAGGAGGAGCUCAGGAAAUCCCUGAAGCCCUUACAGGAUAAAUUGGAGACCUUUAAUCAAGUUAAAGUUAACUGGGAUCAAACAGCAGAACACGUCAAGGUCCAGGCUCAAAACACAGAGAAGCAGAUUAAAGAUGAGUUUAAGAAGCUUCACCAGUUUCUACUAGAAGAAGAGGAGGCCAGGAUCACUGCGCUGAGGGAUGAAGAGGCACAAAAGAGCGGCAUGAUGAAGCAAAGGAUUGUGGCUCUGAGUAAAGAGAUUGCAGUUCUUUCAGACACAGUCAGAGCCACAGAGAAGGAGCUGAGAGCUGGAAGUGUCUUAUUCCUGCAGAGCUACAAGACUGCAGUGAAAAGAGUCCAGAAGCAACCUCUGCUGGAUGAUCCACAGCUGGGCAAAGGAGCCCUCCUAGAUGUGGCCAAACACCUGGGCAACCUGACCUACAACAUCUGGAACAAGAUGAAGGACAUGGUUACAUAUUCUCCUGUGAUUUUGGAUCCAAACACUGCAAAAUCUAGUCUCUUUGUGUCUGAAGAUCUGACAAGUGUGAGAAACACAGGAAGAGACACACAGCUUCUGAAAAACCCAGAAAGAUUUGAAGACUACUUCACAGUCCUGGGAUCUGAGGGCUUUAACUCAGGGACUCACUGCUGGGAUGUUGAAGUUAGAGAUAAUGCAAACUGGGCAGUGGGUGUGAUAGCUGAGUAUGUUCCAAGGAAGGGAGAGAUUCUGGCUGGAUACUGGGAAAUAUGGUUCCGCGAUGAUAAAUACAAAGCAUACUCUCCAUCACUUACAGAUAAAGCUCUUUCAGUGAGGAAUCCAAUCAGGAGGAUCAGAGUGCAUCUGGACUGGAAUAGAGGAAAGCUGUCAUUCUCUGAUUCAGAUACUAAGACAAACAUUUAUACUUUCUCACACACUUUCAGUGAGAGGCUGUUUCCCUUCAUUAACACUCUAAAUACAAUGCCACUGAGGAUCUUACCAAUGAAAGUCACUGCAAAGCUGGAGAUGUAGAUUAUUAAGAUGUUCAUGUUGGUUAUCAGGAUGAUAGUGAGAUGUCUUUUUCUUUAAUAUUAAUACCACUUAUUUUGGUAUGCAUGUUUUAUUGAAUCACUAUAUUCACAAUAUGUCCAUUAUUCUAUUCUUAUAAAUGAACAGAUAUAUGUGUUUAUAUGUGUGAUUAGAACAGACAAAAUGUUUGUGCCGAGACAGACACUCAAAUGCUAGAGUGUAUAGUGUAACAUUUCCUCCAAAAUAAUCAAAAUGUAUGGAGGCACAUACAAAAGUGGCAAAAGUAUGUGAGCAGUGAUCAAUCUGCAAUGUAUGAGUGCACAGGUAAAUAGAAGGCAAGUUUGUAAAUAUAAAAGAUUGUGUGUCAAAUCAACCUGCAUUAAUGUUUUGAAAUGUUGUUAUGGAAGUCUAAUGCUAACAAUAUUAAAUUGAAACCAUUCAGUGAAUUUCAUGACCUGUUUUUUAGGGGGUUGCAUGUUGUAGGACAAAAUCCAUGCAUAAACACAUUUGCAACCAAAAGUAAAAUCCAUUAAAACAAAUUUCAUUAUUAUUUCCAGAUUUAAAAAUACAUCACUGCUGUCAAAAUAAAGACAAGGGAAAUUAAUUUCUAUUCAAAUUGAAUACAUACAUACAUCAAAUGCCAAAUUUGGUUAUUGUUUUGUAUGAGUUUCUUACUGGAGAGCCCUUGUGUUAUUUAAUUUAAUUACUUUAAAAAUAAUUCUUGCUGGAGAGAAAAUAUCUGUUAAAAUAAAAUAUAAAUUACAAAGAAAAUUCAACUGGCUACCAAACAGACCUUUCAUUUAUAAAUUGACUGACUGCUAAACCAGAAAAUUAAAAUUUGAAAAUAAACUUCAGCUUUUGCAUUUGUUUUCUAUUUAUGUCACAAUGUAUUUAUAGGUCAUAUAUGAAAACAAAUUCAACUGCUGGUUUGCAUUUUUAUAUUUAGUGAUGGUGGCCUCAGCCUAGGCUUGGUUCCUGAAAUGUGUCAAUGUUAAUCUAAACACAUAGGGUUCCUCAUUCCUGGCAAUGAAAUCAUUGUGUUGGCACAUAAGCCAUAAAUGGCACCGCUACAGGGGACUCUUAGAGAGAAUGUUAAUCCUGACUCUGAUAUUGCUGCAGUACAAUGCAAUGCUUUAGUAUGAAACACACCCCUGAUCAGUAAAAUGUCUUUGUUUAGCAUUUACAGGACACAUCCCGACAAACUUGAUUUGUGACUAUCAAGCAGGGUGUAAACAACAAAGGAACCAGUCUUAUUAAGGCAUAAGCUCCUCUGAAAACACGAUUUGUGAAACUUUGGGCGGUCUAUGAAAUAUUGACAAUAUGCUAUUUUCCAUGCACUACCAGUUUUCACAUGUAAAAUUUGGCUAUUAUUGAUGUAUGACUCAUACAUGAGGGUGAUUCAUCUGUGAUCAUUAAUUCAUAAUUCUUCUAUAUUAUUUAAUAAAGAUACCGGCAUGCAUGCUAUUCUUGCUAUCACCAAGUGUGUAUCAUAGACUUUACUCGCUUUAACUCAAAGGGUUAGGUAUUUGACGCUUGCGUUUGAUCUCUCAAUUACACUGAUUAUUCAGUAUCAGAUGUCCUGACUUAAAGCAGCUAUGAAUGUUAGCAACAGUCACAGUCAGUCCUCUCCUUUUGGCACGUACAAGCACACUGCUAUCAUGAUCUAAACCAGGAAACACAGAUUGUUAUUAUAUGGACAGAGACACACACCCAUAUCUAUGGAUUGCAACACACCCCUGAUCUCUUCAAAGAUUAAAGAGUUUAAGAAGCUUCACCAGUUUCUACUAGAAGAAGAGGAGGCCAGGAUCACUGCGCUGAGGGAGGAAGAGGCACAGAAUAGUGGCAUGAUGAAGCAAAGGAUUGUGGCUCUGAGUAAAGACAUAGCAGCUCUCUCAGACAUAGUCAGAUCCACAGAGAAGGAGCUGAGAGCUGGAAGUGUCUCAGUCCUGCAAAGCUACAACCUGACCUACAACAUCUGGAACAAGAUGAAGAACAUUGACUGCUGUACUCCUGUGAUUCUGGAUCCAAACACUGCUAAUACAAACCUCAUUCCAUCUAAAAUCUGACUACUGCAAGACACACAACAACAGAAAGAGAGACACAGCUUCCAAGUAACCCAGAAAGAUUUGAAAACCUCACCACAGUCCUGGGAUCUGAGGGCUUUAACUCAGGGACUCACUGCUGGGAUGUUGAGGUUAGAGGUGAUGCAGACGGCAGUGGGUGUGAUAGCAGAGACUGUUCCAAGGAAGGGAGAGAUUCUGACUGGGUGCUGGUCGAUGGUAAAUACAGAGCAUACUCUCCACCAUCUUCAGACAAAGCUCUCUCUGUAAAGAAGCCACCCCAGAAGAUCAGAGUGCAUCUGGACUGGAGCAGAGGAAAGCUGUCAUUCUCUGAUACUAACACAUACGUACACGCCUUCUCACAGACUUUCACAGACUUUCACACAGCAAAGUGUGUUCACAUUACGUACAUUUGUAUUGUUGUAUUAUGUAAUGCUCCUCAGGACUUUCGUGACCUAUACUUUGAUUUAUGAGAAAAAUGCCUGCAAUUAUAUAAUAAUAUUCCCA